GAAAUUUCCAAAAGCCCGGCAAUCGAGGGUUUAGAAGAAGCGACAUUUGGGUUUCAGAGCAGAGCGAGUAAGAGAGGGGAGAGACCGAGCGAGAAGACUUCCUUCUCUUUCUUCCCGUUUUGUUUUUCCUCUUUGAUCCGCGGGAGGAAACUGAACGAGACCACUGUUCUUGGAUUCGUCGACGGUCCCCGAGUGCUAGGGUUUGUCCUCGCCAGAAAAGCAGAUAAAUCAUGAUCAAUUAUUAUGCUGAGAGGUUGCUUCUCUGUUGGCACUGAACAUAAGCACCUAAGUGCACUCUCUGGUUACCAAGAUUCCACACUUGUUUCUCCUUUGAUGGAACCAGUCAAUUUUUCUAUUGGUAUAAUGAGCUGCAGCAAGUUCUUUAACUUUCUCUUCUAAAGUCUAAUAUGUUAGUGGUUAAUGUAAUUCUUGACUAGUUUAAGUGGAUUACUUUUUUUUCCCAAUUCUCCUUGGCCCAUAGUUGUCUUGCCUGGAAUUUGUUCCCCUAUAUGUGAAUCAAAUUCUUGUGGAUUUUUAAUCGCACAUCUGCUGGUCUGAUGGUACCCGUGACAUUGAAAUUGCAGACUGUUACAAAAUUUAACCAGACUUGACAGGGAUUGUAAUAACAGCAGCCACUGAUGACAUGAUUGAUCUGCUUUCAAGGAAAAUUUGAUUUUAAAAAAAUUGAUGUUACAAAGAUUUAGAGGCUGUUUUAACAAAAAUAGCUUCUGGAUAUAAAUGGCAACAGAGAAUCCUUUGAGAUUAUUAGGUGGCAGUGGAGCUGGAAACUGGCCCAUGAGCAAGGAUGCUGCAACAUUUUCUUCUUCUACGAGUUGUGUAGCUGAAGAAGAUUUUGGGUUACUUUUAAAAGGGAACAGCUAUCCUGGAGACAGGAGCACUGCUGGCCCUAGCCGUAGUGGAAGUGCACCUCCCAGCAUGGAAGGUUCUCGUGCAGCAUGUGAUAUCCUGAAAGGCCUCCAAGCCUCUGGUUUUGAUGCUAGCUUGGAAAAUUUAGGCGCAUCUGGAAGUUGUGUGUUGGAAGAGAAACUCCGUGCCCAUCCAGCUUAUGUAGCAUAUUAUUGCUCCAAUGUGAAUUUAAACCCAAGGCUUCCUCCACCUCUUAUCUCAAGGGAGAACCGGCAUCUUGUGCACCAUAUUGGUGGGUUCGGGAAUGGUUGGAGAAUGCCUUCUUUUGAUGACAGCAGCAGUGCAUCUUUGUUUAUCUCUCGACCUACCCUCUCCACUCAUAAGGAGGAACCUGAGGAUGAUCGGUCACCCAGACUGGAAACUAAUGUUUGGCAGGAAAAAAAUGCCGAUACUAUCCCAGGACAAUCUACUUCUCCUUUGCAAGGGCGCCACAAAAGCCUUGUAGAUUUGAUACAGGAGGAUUUCCCCCGGACUCCAUCUCCUGUAUAUAAUAAUCAGACUCGCUCCUUAAAUCAGAGUAUGGUGGAACAAGCAGCCGAUUCAGAUGGCUAUGUCAACCUUGUGCAUGAUUCUUCUAAGUCAGAGUUGAAAACACCCACCAUGGGGAGCUUUGCUUGUGCACCUCUUCCAGGUGUACAUUCAGUUAACUCAAUGUCCAAUGGCGAUCUUGCUGCAGUCUCAGUUCCAUGCUCAACAUCCUCUAGCAGAAUGGUAACCCCCGCCUCAGGCCUAAGAGGAGACUCAAGCGAUGAAGACACCAGUUUGAACACUGGUAUUUUACCUAGUGAUCUGGCGAGUUCAAAUGUUGGCAGUAUUGAAAAUGACAUUAAGAGUUUAAAGAUAUCCAAUGAUGGCCACAGAAAUCAGCAUGCAAGGCAACAUCAUCAACAAAAUGGCUUGCAUGCACGAGACUCAUCUCAGGCACAGAUUUCUUGGUCUCAAAUAAUGCCUCAAGGAGUGCACCAUUCUCCUGUGGAUCAUUUUUCUCAAGGACAGUCAAAGUCAUCCUCGGUUGAAGUACAACCACUACUGCAAUCCACGGGCAUCACGCCACCUUUAUAUGCUUCUGCAGCUGCUUAUGGAGCUUCAUAUUACCCUAAUUUGCAACCUUCUAGCAUAUAUCCUCCCCAGUUUGGCAUUAGUGGAUAUGCUUUGACUACCUCAGUCAUGCCACCAUUAAUAACUGGCUAUCCUCCUCAUAGUGCUGUUCAUAUGCCUUAUGACAAUCCUGUGAGUCCGAGUUUUAAUGCUAGAGCUUCUGGUGUCACCACUGGGGGAAAUGCUAUUCCUGGAAUUGAUUUACAGCAUAUAUAUAAGAUGUAUGGACAGUUUGGCAUAGCAGUUCAGCCUACUUUUCCUGAUCCUUUAUAUGUGCCAUACUUUCAGCAAGCUUCUGUAGACACAUAUGCUGGUGCAGGUUCAUAUGAUCCAAUGGGAUCCAGGGGAAAUGCCAAUGGAAGCACACCAGUUAAUUAUGAUGUGCAGAAAGGGCCAUCUCCUUUGUCAUAUUCACCUGAUCAGAGGCUCCAGAUUGCUAGUACCAGUGGGUUCAAUGCUUUGACUGGUAGAAAAGGGGGAACUGUAAGUCCUAGUUACUAUGGUAGCCCUCCAAAUCUUGGGGUGCUAAUGCAGUAUCCUACCUCUCCAUUAGCCAGUCCAGCAUAUCAAGGAUCACCUGUGGCUGGGACAAGCUUUUCAGGGAGGAGAAAUGAUAAUAUUGGGUUGCCAUUUAACUCUGGAAGAGCUGCUGGUGCUAGUUCUGGGUGGCAGGGACAAAGAGGGCGUGAGAAGGUUGAUGAUGCAAAAUCAUAUUCUUUCCUGGAAGAGUUAAAGUCCAGCAAAACUCGUAGAUAUGAGUUAUCUGAUAUUGCUGGACGGAUCGUUGAAUACAGUGCUGAUCAGCAUGGGAGUCGAUUUAUUCAGCAAAAGUUAGAAACCUGUAGUAUUGAAGAGAAGGCAUCAGUCUUUAGAGAGGUUCUUCCACAUGCUUCGACAUUGAUAACUGAUGUUUUUGGGAAUUAUGUUAUCCAAAAGUUUUUUGAGCAUGGAAGUGCUGAACAGAGGAAAGAACUUGCAAACAACCUUGCUGGCCAUGUCUUGCCAUUGAGUCUUCAGAUGUAUGGCUGCCGUGUAAUUCAAAAGGCCCUUGAGGUUAUUGAACUUGAUCAGAAAACACAGAUUGUCAAAGAACUUGAUGGACAUGUUAUGCGAUGUGUACGUGAUCAAAAUGGUAACCAUGUAAUACAAAAGUGCAUCGAGUGUGUACCAACAGAGAGAAUUGGAUUUAUCAUAUCUGCUUUUCGUGGUCAAGUUGCAACACUUUCUAUGCAUCCAUAUGGUUGCCGAGUAAUUCAGAGAGUGUUGGAGCACCGUACAGAUGAUUUGCAAAAUCAGAGCAUUGUGGAUGAGAUUUUGCUGUCAGCCUGCCAACUUGCCCAAGACCAGUACGGCAAUUAUGUUACCCAGCAUGUUUUAGAGAGAGGAAAGCCGCAUGAAAAGAGCCAAAUUAUCAGCAAACUGGAUGGACAAGUUGUACAGAUGAGCCAGCAUAAAUUCGCGUCCAAUGUUAUUGAGAAGUGUUUUGUGCAUGGUAAUACUGCAGAACGGGAGCACUUGCUUGAGGAAAUAGUUGGACAGACUGAUGAAAAUGACAACUUAUUGAUAAUGAUGAAGGAUCAAUUUGCAAACUAUGUGGUUCAGAAGAUCCUUGAGACCUGUUCUGACAAACAGCGUGAAGUUUUGCUUAAUCGUGUAAAGGUUCAUCUGCAAGCCCUGAAGAAAUACACUUACGGGAAGCAUAUUGUUGCUCGUGUCGAACAGCUGUGUGGUGAAGGAUUCUGUACUUCCAUAAACAUGGAAGCAGGCGCGUCUGUAUCAUGAAAUUUCAGUACGGUACACACCAACGUCCGUCAGUACAUGGUAUUUGGUGGAGCCCCACAUAAAUGCUCUCAGCUUAUUCUCAUACAGGAAAAGUAACCAAAUCCUGGAUAUUCUCCCCUUCCAAAUUUUCUUGGGAGCAGUUUUCAACCGCCUUCAGAUUUUUCAGGUCAGGGCUUGUAGUGUAGGUAGUUUGACACUGUAAAGUUAGUAGAUCCUGUUCUACAUGUGUUAUAUGACUUAUUUAAGGUGGUAUGAUAUAUACAUACAUACAUACAUUAUAUAUAUAUAUAUAUAUAUAUAUAUGUACACACACACACACAUACAUAUAUUUAUGCUAUCUAGAUUAGACCCCUGUGUGGAGAGUGUCGACCAUCGGUACUCCCUUGAUUAUGUAGCAACUGAAUAUUGAUUCUUAUCUCUGGAUGUGCUUAACCAUGGAUGUAUGUUAGGAUAUAAUUUCCCAAUAAAUUGCAUAUUGGGAGUUGUUGGUGUGUUAUGUCAGUAGCUGCAGCUGUGUUUGAUUCUUGGGGAGAAACCACAUAUCAGAACAAGAUACCGCUCCAAGAAAACUUCCUGUUGAUCUCUGGCACUGUAGUCUGUAUUUGAAUGUUAUCAUGCAACGACAACAAAAUUGUGGAUAUAAUAUA